AAAAUUAUAAACGCCUCCCUUUUUUUAAUUUCUUCGCUUUACCAUCAGGGAUAUUCAGGAGUUCAUAGAGUACUAGAGUUAUAGUGAUCGUCGAAGGAAUUCAACAAUGGCAGAAAAUCUCGAUACUCAAUCUUCAAUUUCCAGUUCUGCACCACCAAAACCAUCUGAAGAUGAUCUCAAACGUUCUCAGAUACCAAAUGUUCCUUAUUUUCCAGCUUUUCAACAUGGAGGUGUCAAUAUGUUACCGAUCAUGUACCCUGCACUGCUUCCAGGCCAUGCUUCUGCGCAAAACCCAGAGAAUCCUAACCGUGGACCUGGAAUAUAUGCUGUCCCCAUGCUUCCAUUUAUGGGAACUGUCACUGGGAUUCCCACCAAUUCUCUCAUUCCUCUUACGUAUAGUACACCAAUGAGAUCAACAUCUUCUGAGGCUGCAGCAGCCAGCGGGGAACAAAGCCAGGUGGGCCCACAACAGCCACAGCAGCAGCAAGCACAGCAAAAUGGACCUCAAAGAUUUGCUGUACGAGGAAUUCAGAUUGAAUUUCAGUUUGACCCGCUGCUCUUAAUAAAGUUGGCGGCUUUGAUCUUCAUAUUUAAUCAAGAUGGUUCGAGGCACAGGCUUGCCGUGCUUGUGUUUUUUGCAUUUAUCAUCUAUCUAUACCAGACUGGAUCUCUAACUCCGCUUGUGCGUUGGAUUUCACAAGCAAUGCACAGGGCAGCUGCUCCUCCUCGGCCACCAAGGCCUGCUGCCAGGGUUGAACCAAUUGUUAGACAAGCAGAUGAUAAUGGUGACGCAGCACCCGCUGAUGCACAACCUGGAGCAGAGAGUGAGAGUCUACCAGCUGAUGGUGCAGAACGUCUACUUGAAAACGAGGCUGCUCCAGAGGCAGGAGCUGAAGGCGUUAACCAUUGGUGGGGUAUAGUUAAAGAGAUUCAGAUGAUAGUAUUUGGCUUCAUUACCUCUCUUCUCCCCGGAUUUCACAACAUUGAUCAUGCUUAAAAAGGGGUUUAAAGGAUUAACCAAUUUACCAAAUAUUAUCACUCGGGGAAGUAAGACUACUUUAUCUGUAUAUUGAUGAAUAGUUAGGAUUGUGGUGGAGACUAGCUUUAUAUCUGUUGAAAUAAUAUUGUAGAGCCUUGUCGUUUCACUUUUCUUGAGGUUUUAGUAUUUUUUACUUCUCCUAUCUUUUGAAGUCCUUAGGAAACUUUUGUUAAAGUUGGGAUGUGUUUCUUUGGCAUUAUAUUACGAUGAUCAAUGCUAUAUGCUUUUGAAACCGA